GAUAACUAACGACACUUCUUUGUUUGGCUUAAAUUACUUAGCUUUGUUGGUGCAUGCAGCGUUUCCUUGGAGGUGAAAAGCUAAAUGAAGUGCACCAUCUAUCUUUUUUGUAAAUUAAAGUUAACACAUUCACACUCGCUUAGUUUAACUAACAUCGGUAGCUGAGAGGAAGCUAACGUUAGCUGCUAGAGCUAACAGCUACCGUUAGCUUCCGAGCGACACAACAUUCACAGCUUGUUUACAAACAGAGACAAUGUUACGACGCUAGUUGGCUGCAGUUAACGAGCGUUAGUUAAUAGACGCAACGUGUUUCUAAUACAGGAGAGAAAUAAUAGAAGUGGUACCUCUUCUAUAAUAUUCUACCGUUAUAUACAAAAUGUAGAAUAGUGCUACCAUUAUAAUUAUUGUUAUUCGACCGAGACGACUUAUUUAGUCAGCUAGCUAAGUUGACUGAGCAUCUCAGGGGGCAGGAGUAGCUACUGUGUUUCAAUGUGCUUACAUUACGCACCAGUGAGCUUUUUAUGUAAGUCAGUUGUGUUAUGGAAGUGUCUUAUGGCAAGCUAUGACAUAUUUUGUUUCCCCUUUGUUACAUUUCAACAGGUUUCCAAGUGAAUCCCGGUGGACAUGUGUAUCAGUAAGGAGGAUCUGGAAGUGAAUUCAACUACAACCAUAACAUUAACGUGUCAUAAUUGAUACAUCAUUUAUAGUAGUCUGUUUAGAAGUCCUUCCCACCUGAGUUAGAUUUUGACAUUGGUUUCGAGCUUAUUCCCCCCAAACACACUCAAUAUGGCAUCGGUGCCAGUCUACUGCUUGUGUCGCCUGCCAUAUGAUGUGACACGCUUUAUGAUCGAGUGUGACAUCUGUCAAGACUGGUUCCAUGGAAGCUGUGUUGGAGUUGAGGAGGACAAAGCAGCUGAGAUUGACCUGUAUCACUGCCCCAACUGCCAAGUCAGCCAUGGGCCAUCUGUCAUGUGCAAACGCCGGGGAGGCAAUAAGCAGAUGGAUGGUGCUGCUGCUCGAGCAAGAGAUCCAAGUAGGCCCGUUAAGACAGGCAGCUCUCAGUUUGUUAGGGAGCUACGGAGCCGCACCUUCCCAGGUGCGGAUGAAGUCUUGCUAAAGCCGUCUGGGGCCCAGCUGACAGUGGAGUUUCUUGAGGAGCAUUCAUUCAGUGUUCCUGUUAUGGUGCUGAGGCGUGAUGGCCUAGGCAUGACCCUUCCUCCAGCAUCAUUUAGCGUCACUGAUGUAGAGCACUACAUCGGUUCGGAUAAACAGAUUGACGUGAUCGAUGUGUCUCGCCAAUGUGACCUGAAGAUGCGUUUAGGAGACUUUGUUGAAUACUACAACAGCCCCAACAGAGACAAAGUGCUCAAUGUCAUCAGCCUGGAGUUUUCUGAGACCAGGCUCUCGAACCUGGUGGAGACUCCAAAGAUUGUGAGGAAACUAUCAUGGGUGGAAAACCUCUGGCCUGAAGAGUCUGUGUUUGAACGCCCUAACGUGCAGAAGUACUGCUUAAUGGGAGUGAAAGACAGCUACACAGAUUUCCACAUUGACUUUGGAGGCACCUCAGUAUGGUACCAUGUCCUGAGGGGCGAGAAAAUCUUCUACCUAAUUUCCCCCACUGCAGCCAACUUGGCACUUUUUGAGCGGUGGAGUGCCUCAUCUAACCAGAAUGAGAUGUUUUUUGGAGACCAAGUGGAUAUGUGUUACAAGUGCUCUCUCAAACAAGGAAACACCAUGUUCAUACCAACAGGUUGGAUUCAUGCUGUGCUGACUCCAGUUGACUGCCUGGCGUUCGGAGGAAACUUCUUGCAUAGUCUCAACAUUGAUAUGCAGCUACGGGCAUAUGAAAUAGAGAAGAGAUUGAGCACAGCAGACUUGUUCCGUUUUCCCAAUUUUGAGACCGUGUGCUGGUAUGUUGGAAAGCACCUUCUGGAUACCUUCAGAGGUUUGAGAGAAAACCGCAGACAUCCUGCCACUUACCUGGUUCACGGAGCUAAGGCCUUGAACAAUGCCUUCCGCAUCUGGACCCGUAAAGAGGCCUUAGCAGAUCAUGAAGUGGAGAUUCCAGAAACCAUCAAUACUCAGACACUAGUGAAGGACCUGGCCAAAGAGAUUCGUCUGGUUGAGGACAUCUUCCAGCAAAACAUUGGCCGCACUGGACCUCAGUUUCCUGGUUCGCCAAUCUCUAAAGCUCCCCUGACCACCUCUCAGAAUUCAGGACGCCCCCCUGGAAAAAAGAAAGCACUGAAGCCCAAGGAGAUGAUGGGGGGUCUCGGGCCUCCAGGAACUAAGAAGAAGGGUCAGAAGGGGCUACUUAAGGCAGAAGCAGGAGAACUUGACCUCAUUGAGAUCCACACCAAACAUACACUCAAAAAAUGUCAACAUGGAAAGUCCAAAAACAAGAACAAGCUGGAGUUGCCUUUAGAUGAGUUUGAAGGGAAGCUAAAGAAAAGCAAACUGAAACUUGUCCUGACCAAUGGAAAACUCCAUGGUAAGAAGGUCAGCGGCAGUAAUGGUGCAGGAAAGGCAGGGAAGUACAAACAUCUUGCCAUGGAGGGAUCCAGUCUGUCUGACUUGGAAUCCGAGGAUGAGCUGCAGAUUGACGAGACCCCUCCUCCACGACGCAAGCCUGCAGGACCUAGCAAGAAAAAGAAACUUAGUGGUCUUCCGAGGAAGCUGCCCAGAGCCAAACCCUGCUCUGACCCCAAUCGCAUCAGGGAGCCAGGAGAGGUAGACUUUGACAUUGAGGAGGAUUACACCACAGAUGAAGAAGCACUAGCUGCCCACGGGGUAAAGGGUGCAGGGGGAAUUCUGGAUUUAUUGAAGGCCAGCAAGCAAGUGGCAGGCUUGGACUCUGCAACACUCAGCGAGGAAGCCCCAGCCUCUCCCAGUACUCGUGAUGCCAUACAGGGUAUGCUGUCCAUGGCCAACCCCCCUUCCUCGUCCUCAUCUUCCUCCUCUUCAUCUCCGUUAUCCAUUUCUGGAGGCCUAACAGAGGGAUUGGGGGUGGUCAAGGAAAAGGGUGGCAAAGCAGUAUGGGUGACUGGAGGUGUCAAAAAGACAAGAACUCCUGAGAAGAAACCUGUCAUCCAGCGGCCUGGGAAACGGCCAAUUAAACGGCCAGCCCGUCACCUUAGUGACGAGGACAGUCAAGAUGAGCAAGAGGCUCUGGGAACCUGUUUUAAAGAUUCAGACUAUGUUUACCCGUCCUUGGAGUCUGAUGAGGAGGACCGUGCUAACAAGGCUAAGAUGAAGCGGAAGAAAAACUGGGAUGAUACACCUUGGAGCCCGAAAGCCAGGGUGAUGCCUACCCUACCGAAACAGGAUCGACCAGCCAGGGAAGGGGCUAGAGUCGCAGCUGUAGAAACUGGUCUUGCCGCAGCUUCUGCAAAGCUAGCACAACAAGAGCAGCAAAAGCCUGCAAGACGAAAAUAUAAAAAAAAGCAGCGUCCUCCAGCUCCUGUAGCCCCUCCUCCCCCUGUUCAGACUGAGCCAGCCCCACCCUCACCAGCACCUGCUCCAGAGACUGCAGCAGACUUGAGCCCAGACAGGAGGAUGGAUUAUUACUCUGCAAGUCUGUUGGACCAUGAAUACACUGCAGGUCCAGGACCAUUUGGCCCUGGAGGCCCAAGAGGCAGUGGAGCUAUGGCCCCUGGUGUAUUCCUCACUGCACGCCGGCCUUCACUUUCUCCACAGAACAGCAGCUCUCAGUCUGGUUCAUCCCCUGCAGCUUUAACCAGCCAAGGCACAACAGGAGUUCUUCAAGGGAAGCGUCCAAAGAAAGGACUUGCGACUGCAAAACAGAGACUUGGAAAGAUUCUGAAAAUUCAUCGUAACGGCAAACUUCUCUUGUGAGAGAUGUUGGAAUAAUGGCUGAAAACUUAAAAGUGGGAAUAAAUAAAAAGGCUUUAGUGAAGUAGGUCUUAAAUAAAUAGAGAUAGUGAUCUAUAUUUUGUACUCUGAAUAAAUGUUUACUGUUUUCAGCUGUUCUUGAACCUCACUAUAGCUUGUCUUGUACACCAUUUGCUCUGCCCAUUUAUCCAUUUCUGUUAAAAAGGUGUUUCAAAGGCAUAUGUGUGACCCGUAUACCAUUAGACGUUGUCAAUUGGAAAUUGUGAGGCACAUUUCAAAAUCUAGGUGGACAUGGAUUUAACUAGCGUAAUAAAUUUACAAAACUCCAUUUUUUUCAUUUUUUUUUUUUGGGGUUCUACUUGAGUGAAUACAUUAUACUGUCCAUCAUACAUUUCAAAAAGUGAAGGAAAAACAAUGCAUUUCCUUGGUCUGGUAAAAUGUAAUGUCCGUUUUGCACCUCUUAAAACACUGUGUUUUCUACAAUGAUUACAGGAUCCUAAUCUCGAAAAUUAAACAAAAUGCAACAUGUAUUAGUUGUUUCUAAAGGAUUUGUCAAAGAAUGAACAACUCCUUCUCCAUAAAUUGUAGCUCUACACAUGACGUUCUAAGCACUCAACUGAUGCCAAGAGUAACAUACAGCUCUAUUUAUUGUUAUAUUUAUUUUAACAAGGCAGACUUUUGCCAUCUCUCAGCUUGUGCAUGGUAUUCUUUACCACUUCAUCGUCUUGGUCCCUACUAUAAUUAUUUUCAACCACUUAAUACCUGUAAAAAAAAUAGUUUUCAUUGCUUUUUUAACAAUUGUCAUUGUAAAUAUUUGUAAAAUUUGUAAUUUAUAUAGCUACAUUGGAAGAGCAGAACAAUGUUUUGCGAUGAAGAGACAUCAUUUGUGCCCCAGGUUUUGGCAGCAUUCUUGGGCCACAUCUAGAUCUUUACACGGAAUGCACUGGUUCUAAAAUGUCAGCAGACGUGUAGAUUUAACUGUGUGAAGGUGCAGGAUUUGAGUUGAUAUGUAAAUAUAUGUUGUAAUUUAAUUUCUUUUUAUAGUUCAAAACAUUUGAAAUCUUUCUUAACAUACCUUGUAGAUGAUACAUUGCUCUAUUUAGAAAAUAUCUUGAAAUAGUUUUUUAAAAAUAUUUGUACGCAGUAAUUGUCUUGCUGCUUAGUUUGUCAUGUUGUCUUGUCAGUGUAAUAGUGGAAAUGUUCUGAAAAAAAAUGCCCUUGUUUAAUUUCAUCCAUUUAUUUUUAAAUAUUGUUGAUAUUCA